AUACUCCUAUACUUCGUAUUGACACACAAGUUUAAUCAGAAAACCUCCUUCUUACAUCAACCUAAGUAUGACACAUUCAAAUACGCGUGUUUGGCAUUCCAAAAGCUGUCGUGAGAAUUUCGCAAAAUAGAAUUGUGUGGUUUUGGCUUCAAGAAAUCGAUUCCAUGCUUAAAAUGACUUAACGAUACAGUUUUCCCGGGACAGUAUUGCAUUUCUUAACCGCUAAGUUUCAUUUUUCAGAACAAAACCUGACAUGAUACACACGAUGCAACGGUUGUUGAUUUCCCUCGCGUUGGUGCUCGUCUGUUGUCAUGGUUACGCACUCGGCCCGCCCAUCGAGGCCUGCGUGGAGAUGUUUCCUUUAGAUCACGGAGCUGACGCCCGAAAAGACUCGUCCCCGUUCACCAUGACCAUCAACGCUACGUCAUAUUCUCCGGGUGACGUCAUUAAAGUGGUUCUAAACACGUCUGAGAUCUACGGCCACUACUUCCUGGAAGGCUUGUUCGUGCAGAUGAGGCCCGUCACGUGCUUGAACACUUCCGUCGGAACGUUCUCUAUUGAGACGGGGGACGACUUCCUCAAAACAAUGGACUGCUUUGCUAAACCCGCGAGCGCCAUAGCGCAUUACUCGCACGAGCAUAUCCACGACCGCACUUUCUAUUGGACAGCGCCAUCUACAGCCAACGGCCAUCUUUAUCUCAGAGCUACCGUUGCCAGAAACCUGAAGAACUUCUGGACGAACGUGUUCAGCGAUUUUAUCCUUGACGCCAGCAUUCCGAAUGCAUCUCCUACCACACUGAAGACCUGCGCCGUGAGGUCAAAACAAACUUCCGGUGUUUCCAUAACAACCAGCAGCAGCGUCGUGAUUUUUGCAGCUCUCGUUGUUUUGGCCUUUGUCACAAAGUUGACGAAUUGAUAACUUGUAUUUGUCGAUAUGUAUGCUUCAUUUAGUUUCUUUCUCGAAAUAUUGUAGAUUACUUGUAUACGACUGGUUAUAACGUGCGUGUACAUGGAAAUCACACAGUCAUAUAUAGACUUUAUAACUAUGAUGUUAGCGUGCACAAGACGUUAAAAUUCAACAUGAAAGAAUGAACAUAUGUCGUGUGUUUCUGCUGCUUUUGUGGAUCUUCGGAAUUAUUGCUUACUUUCAUGUUUUAAACUAGUAUAGACCAGUAGAAACUUAAUUUUAUAGAUUUAAACAGCGUAUCACAUAACGCAGUCAUUUUUGAAAAUCAUCCCAACGUUCCUCCAAUAUACAAAAGAAAUCUUAAAAUAAACGUUAGCCUUUGCUACGCAAUCUAAAUCUUUAAAAAAAAACGUUCAUGACCACUGUAACAAGUUUUUAAUGCAGAAAUCAUCCUAGGAAACAAUGACUUGACAUUAUGCUUAAAAGGUAGUUUCUUUUAACAAAUAAGACCGACCGUACAUUUGUAUGUUUUGUGUGCGUAUCUAAGCCAUUUUUUAUUGCAGGCUAUGAGAGGAUUGGUCAUAAAAAAAAUUCUAUGGUCAUGGUCACCCUAUCUCUGAUUCUUUAGGACAAUUGUCGGGUACCAGCUUACCAAAAACAAUUUGUAAAAUGACCGCCGAGAUCACAGGUAGAAGUAACGUACCCUGUAUAGUGUAUGGGCCCAGGAGCCCAAUAUAUUCGAAUACAUGUAUAAAAUCAUGUUUAUGAUAUAAAAAUUGACAAGGAGCCAUGAAAAAAAUCCCCACCCUCUGAUAUUGGAAUCAUAAUAUCAUUAUAUAAAAAUGGCAGAAAGAAAACAAGCAUGAAUGCAGUGUUUUAUAUGCACAUGUACUUGUAUAAUAAUUUAAAUACUCAAAUAUUUUUAGUUUUUGUUUCUUUAAUGAUCUGUGUGUAUAUUAUUUUGAGACUUUGUAUCAUGAUAAUAUGAAUGAAAUGGGCAAAACUGU